AUGGCUCAUCAAAGGUCCUCUGAGCCUUUACCCGAACCUUUAUUCCUCGAUUAUCGAGUCUCUGAUCUCCUUGAUAUGACGAUACGCAUGCCAAGAUUUGAACCAUGGACUUCCCAAUACUGCACGGCUAUCACCGAAAAACGUUAUGGUGAUGCAUUAUGGGCACGAUAUCAUAUGAGCCCAGAUGCAAAAGAUGGUGUUAUUACUGAUAUGCGUGAUCUGGGGAACGACAAGUUCGAGGCGCACGAAACUCCGGUGUACGAUGAGAUUAUGAUGGAUGCCAAGGGCUAUGCCGAAGGAAACCCAGAUACUUAUCGGAAGGCGCUGGUUUUUUACAGCAGUACAAGUCCGAGUGAUUCGCAUCAGGACAUAAUCAAGGGGCUUUUUGGGGUUGGUGCUGAAGUUGGGAUUUCACUUUGA